AUCCAUCCAUGGUAGUGUGUCGGUGUAAAAGCAGCAGCCAAGCUGUCUCACUCUGACUGACACACACAAACGCACGAACACACGAACACACACAUCCUGACGUUAUGGCAGGUCGUAAAAACAAGAGUCCAAAUACAGAGUGAGGAUGUGGUGGCGCGCUCAUCAGAUGGGCGCCUGCUCGGUGUUUACUUUUCAUGUGGCGUAGCCCGGGGAUAACCUUGCGUGAUGCGUGUGUGUGUACGUGCGCGCGCGCGCCCGUCCCUCCGCUUGUCUCUGCUGACCCAAGUUUGAACCCGCUGACAGAGAUAUCAUUUUUAUAACACACACACACACGGGGGGGGUAAAGUCUUCUUUUAGAUUAGGACGCGGUUCAAUCUGUAAAGUGACUGACAGAACCUGAGUCAAGCAGAGGGCAGCGCUUCUUUCCAGCGAGGUGUUAAUCAUCAUUUCAUCUCUCAUAGUCGCUUCCCUGCCGCGUUGUUCCACUGGUAGGUCAGAGGGAAGGAUCAGGCGGGUCGUUUGAAUAAUUACAGCUACAUGGUGAAAGUAAGGUGCAUCCAAAUCCAAUUAUAAAAAGUGCGAUUGCAGGCACAGCCUGUAAAAAGAACUCAAAUCAAAUAAAAAGUAGGGCUCACUUUGAAUGGACCAGCGAGACCCACGGGGAGAGGGAUUAAGACAUUCUUCAACCCGGAGCCUCUUUUCCAUUUUCUGAAGCAGUUGAAAUGUGCUGCUUAAAAGCUUUUUGCUCUUGAAUGCAGGCCGCCCUGCAGGCAUGAUUAGCUACUGAUCCUACAAGCGGGGCUUAAACCAAGGCAAUGAGUGUGUAAACUAGCUGCCUUGCCAACAAAGGCGUCUUGGGACGCGCUUCCAUUGUCUCGGAAGGGCUCAUCACCUUUUUUCAGUGAAAUCCGCCGCGGAUUGUCUGCGUGCAACAGGAGGUAGGGAUUAAAGAUGCGGCCCCUGGAACAAAUGGUGAGGCAAGUCAGCCAGUACAGGCCGGGGCGGGGCCGAACGACACCCACAAUUAAAGAUGAACUUUGAGUGAACUAAUUUAUCUGAGGGAGGAGAAGGUAGCAGGCUGCCCGCAGUCCCGGCAGCCUAUAAAAGCGCUGGAUGAGCAGCCCGGAGUCUCCACAGCUGACAGAGCUUCACCUGAACGGCGUCACUUCUCCAACAGCACUGAGCCGCUACAACAUGGCUCUGAGCACACUGCUGGCCACCUUUCUGUGCACCAUCGUGCUUCCCAUCUUGUUGUUUCUGGUUGCGCUGAAGCUGUGGGAGGUCUACAUGAUCCGAGGCAGAGACCCGAGUUGCCCCAGCCCGCUGCCCCCCGGAUCCAUGGGCUUACCUUUCAUUGGAGAGACGCUGCAGCUCAUCCUCCAGAGGAGAAAGUUUCUGCGGAUGAAGCGGCAGAAGUACGGUUACAUCUACCGCACACACCUCUUCGGGAACCCCACGGUGCGCGUGACCGGAGCGGAUAACGUCAGGCAGAUUCUGCUGGGGGAGCACAGGCUCGUGUCCGUGCAGUGGCCCGCUUCUGUGCGCACCAUCCUGGGCUCGGACACACUGUCUAACGUGCACGGAACCCAACACAAGACCAAGAAAAAGGCCAUCAUGCGGGCCUUCUCCAGGGAGGCUCUGGAGCUCUACAUCCCCAUCAUCCAGGAGGAGGUGCGGGCUGCAGUGAAGGAGUGGCUGGCCAAGGACUCCUGUGUGCUGGUUUACCCAGAGAUGAAGCGGCUGAUGUUCCGCAUAGCCAUGAGGAUCCUGCUGGGCUUUGAGCCGGAGCAGAUCAAGACCGACGAGCAGCAGCUGGUAGAAGCUUUUGAGGAAAUGAUCAAGAAUCUGUUCUCUCUGCCCAUUGAUGUGCCAUUCAGCGGCCUGUACAGGGGUCUGAAGGCGAGGAACUUCAUCCACUCCAAGAUAGAGGAGAACAUCAAGAAGAAGGUGCAGGAGUCCGACAAGGAGUCCAAACACAGAGACGCUCUGCAGCAGCUCAUAGACAGCAGCAAGAAGAACGGGGAACCGUUCAGCAUGCAGGCCAUUAAGGAGUCUGCUACAGAGCUGUUGUUUGGGGGCCAUGAAACCACUGCCAGCACAGCCACCUCUCUGGUCAUGUUCCUGGGCCUGAACCUUGAAGUUGUGGAUAGACUGAGGCAGGAACUGAUGGACAAGGAGGAGCAGGGGAUGGACCUCCAGAGUCUGAAAAUCGAGUCCUUGGAGCAGUUGAAAUACACCGGCUGUGUCAUUAAAGAGACUCUGAGGAUAAACCCUCCUGUUCCGGGAGGCUUCAGAGUGGCCCUCAAGACCUUUGAACUCAGUGGUUACCAAAUUCCCAAAGGCUGGAACGUCAUCUACAGCAUCUGUGACACCCAUGAUGUGGCAGAGAUCUUCCCCAACAAGGAAGACUUCCAGCCGAAUCGCUUCAUGACCAAACCCUCUGCUGACUCCUCCAGGUUCCAGUACAUCCCGUUCGGAGGGGGCUCCAGGAUGUGUGUGGGGAAGGAGUUUGCUAAGGUCCUGUUGAAGAUCUUCCUGGUGGAAGUGGUCACAAAGUGUCACUGGACUCUUUUAAAUGGGCCACCCACCAUGAAAACGGGACCUACUGUCUACCCUGUGGACAAUCUGCCAACCAAGUUUACCAGCUAUGUACAAAAUUAAACGGCGAUGAUGAGGGGUCAUUUUUCCUAAAAGCUGUGUAGAGUGAAGUUUCCCCAAAAGUCUUGAAUCAUCUGUUUUGUCACCAACUCCACAGGGGAACUACAGUGUAAUCAAGGUACUUGGGGAGUUUUUGGAUGCACUCAGGUGCUCUUAGGAAACGGAUCAAAGGCUGCAUUUACACAUUAACAGAAAAUAUGUUUGUAAUUCUAAUCUUUUGGACUUGUGUCAGUGUGGAUUUUUUGGCAUGACUUAAAUUGUACAUACUGUAGAUGAAUUAAGAACAUAUUUUACAUUUUAUAUUAUGAUAAUACUGUGUGUGUUUGCUAAGAUAUGAGCAAACUAAACGAGAGGCACUAUACACAGACAUGGAACACUUUAAUCAGCUCAGAGGUGUAUCUAUAGGAUUAUGUACAUAUGUAGAGUCUGUUUAUAUAACUUUUAUAUUUUACCCCAACUUAUUUAAGUGACUUAUGUUGUAUUGUAUGGACUUUUUAUUUAAUAAAACUUUGCAGAGAA